AUGGCCGCUGGGAUGGUUUUUCGUGGGGCUUCACGAGUCGCCACUGCUGCCGCUGCACACCGCCCUACACAAGUCACAAUCGUUUUUCCUUUUGCUAGUUGUGGCAUGUUGGCCGGUCCAAUAUGCAUACAAGGACGAUUAUUUUACCGUUCUUUUCCACUUCGACUGGAGUUGAAUCCAUCGGGGAAUCUGUAUAGCAUGGAGCACGCGUUCGAGGAGCCGACAUUUCGUUUUAUGUGUGAGGGGGAGGAUAUCGAUUAUAGAGAAGAGGUUCGGGCAGCUUUGCUUGAAGUGCUUGCCAAAAAACCGUCCAAUUUUGUUGGUCGGACAGAAGAAACAUGGAUGCAGGAGAAUUCGCCUCAACGUAGCGUGCAACUCCUCCGAGCUGUGGCUAAAAAGCAAUUGCUUUCGUUUGCACAAGUGAAAUCAACUCCCCGUUUGUUUUCUGCGUUCUUUGAUGUGCUAGCAUCAUGUAGCACUUCAUUGGCUUUAAUUGCUGCUGACCAUUUCACAUUUGCGGCGAUGAUUGCGAAGCAUGGGACGAAGGAGAUGCAGGAGGCAAUAUUAGAUGAUGUGGAUACCUGUCGUGUCAUUGGCACAAUUGCCCACAGGGAACUUAUAGCGGAAGGUGUCCCGUUGAAUUCGGAGGCGCGGUACGACAAGGACGAGAAGUGUUUUGUGUUGAGAGGGGCGGGGAAGUUUGCCGUCGUGGGAGCAGGAUGCGCGGAUUGGGCAAUUGUGACGGCGACGCUUACCUUGAACAGACAGGACAACCAAGGUCCUCAACUCUUUGUUGUGCAGCUGCGGGAACGAGGCGUUCUGAAGAAGGGCGUGAGCAUGCGGCCCAUGCAAGGGGAAAAUCCAACGAUGAGUGCAAGUGGAGUGGGAAUUCUUCAUUUUGAUGACGUUCGCAUCGCUGUUUCUGCCCUUUUACUUCCAUCACGAGUUGUGGAUGGAGGGGUUUUGAUAACGGAGGACGCGGAUACUUCGACGUCUCUUCAGGCAUUAACGUUGCAAAUGCGUUUGGCAACCGCUGCACUCUACGCUGGUGCACUGAAGAGGUUCUUGACAAAUGUUGUUUUUUUCAUUGCACAAAAAGAUGUUGUGGGACCGGAUGGGAGAAGGGAUUACCCUUUUUUUGGUGUGCAACAUGUACAAACACCACUUGUGAAAAUUAUUGCGAAAUCCUACGUGUAUUUAGCAGAUUGGCGCCGUAUACUUUCAGUGUUCUCGAAGCCAACGGAGAGGCGCCCAACCUAUGAGGACGAGACGAAGCUGGCCGGGACCAUCCACUUCUUGCAAGAAACUCUUCUUGAGCUGCAUCGGUUUGUGGAUGAAUUUAUGGGGGUCCACGCAUCACUGGGGAGCACGGGCAAUAUUGACGCGGUUGUGAUGGCACACCUGCGUCAAGAAGGUGCAGAUCAGUCAUCGCUGAUCCGUGAGGUUGCGUUCAAGUCAGUCACAAAAAAUAUAGGAGCCAGCCAUUGGGGUUGGUGGCUUACCAGUCUGCUGCAGCCUUUUGCGGCGUUGGAUAGAUUUGUUAAAAAUCCCUUUUAUUCUCCCCGAAUUGCUGAUCUGGGCAGGCAUUUGAUUUUUUUUAGUCACAAACACUAUUCUGCGAAAAAGCGACUGCGGCAGUCACGGGAGAUUGAGCGUCGAAAAGGGGGCGCGGAACAUCAGUGGUACGACUGGGUGAUGUUUCGUCAUCAACAAGUGCUGCAUUGUGGUGAGGCCUACAUGGAGAUGUUUUCCAUGGAGGUGAUGAUGGCCGAGACACAAGCGUGUACCGACCCGCGGGCGAGAAAGAUUCUUCGAGACAUUGGGUGGAUUUAUGCUCUGGCUCGUCAACAAGACCGUUUGGAUUACAUCCUGACGCAGCAGAUGAUAAGCCCGGGAAAAUCCAAUGUCUUAGAGUCCCACCUGGAUAACAUUGUCACCGUUCUGGCUCCCCAGUGCGUCAACCUUGUGGAUGCGUUCCAGGUUCCCGAUGCGUUUCGUUCCCCGUGCGCGGCUAAAACUUUGGAGUCGUACUGGACUAUUCCAGGGACAAACACGGGGAUUCAGCGCGGUGAUAGAGUGACACUCUUUCACGACAAAAAGCCCACUGGUGACGCCAAAGAGGAACAGGAGAAUAUGCAAGAAUCGGAAGAAGAAUGGGAUCUGUUCCACGGACUCGCAGAGUUGCCAUCCUUUGCCCAGAAAAAGUGA